AGGUUCCUUAGAGCUGGUUAUCCAGGCUCUGAGGAUUGUCUCCAAAGUCUACUGGUGUUCGGGUUUCGGUUGUAAAAUGAUAUCAGAAUAACUUACGGAGUAGUUUAGGGACAGUAACAUGGCAGCCACGGCGGUUCUCCGCUCAUCGAGGAGCCAAGAUAAUAACUAUAAACUACAUUUCCGAAUGAUAAAUGAGCAACAAGUGGAAGAUAUCUGCCUUGACUUCUUCUACAAGCCACACACCAUCAGCCUUCUGACAGUUACUGUGCUUAGUCUCAUGUACUUUGCCUUCACCAGGGACGAUGAAAACUCUGACAACAACCUUCGUGUCGGUCUAUUAGUGGUUGUUUCCUUCUUCUUGGUCAUCAGCAUCCUGGCUUUUCCCAAUGGACCCUUUACAAGGCCUCAUCCUGCAAUAUGGAGAAUGGUGUUUGGUCUUAGCGUGCUCUACUUCCUUUUUCUUGUCUUCCUCAUCUUCCUCAAUUGGGAUCAAGUAAAGACUCUGAUGUACUGGCUUGAUCCCAAUCUGCGUUUUGCCAAACGGGAAGCUGACAUCAUGGAAUAUGCUGUAAACUGUACUGUGAUAACAUGGGAGCGUGUGCUGAGCCACUUCGACAUCUUUGCUUUCGGCCACUUCGCAGGAUGGGCCAUGAAGGCUCUGCUGAUCCGCAGCUACGGCCUGUGCUGGACCAUCAGCAUCACCUGGGAACUCACUGAGCUCUUCUUCAUGCACCUUCUGCCAAACUUUGCAGAGUGCUGGUGGGAUCAGGUCAUCUUGGACAUUCUGUUGUGUAACGGAGGAGGAAUCUGGCUGGGGAUGACAAUCUGCCGUUACUUGGAGAUGAGGACCUAUCGCUGGGCCAGCAUCAAAGAAAUCCACUCAACCACGGGGAAAUUAAAGCGAGCCGUGCUUCAGUUCACUCCAGCCAGUUGGACCUACGUGCGCUGGUUUGAUCCAAAGUCUUCGUCCCAGAGGCUGGCAGGAAUCUACCUCUUUAUGAUCUUAUGGCAGUUGACGGAGCUGAACACCUUUUUCCUGAAGCACAUCUUCAUCUUCCAGGCCUCCCACCCUCUCAGCUGGUGUCGCAUUCUGCUAAUUGGAAUGAUCACUGCACCCACAGUGCGACAGUAUUAUGCAUACCUGACGGACACUCAGUGUAAACGGGUUGGUACGCAGUGUUGGGUGUUUGGAGCCAUUGCAUUCCUGGAAGCUCUUGCUUGUGUAAAAUUUGGUCUUGACUUAUUUUCCAAGACUCAAAUUUGGUAUGUGGUCCUCUGGUUGCUCUGCCUGGCGCUCAUUACCCUCCUGUGUCUAUAUGGCAUGGUUUGGUAUGAAAUAAGUAAGCUAAAGAGCGUUUCUUUACAAAAUGACGACCCAGAUGACAGAGGUGUGUCUGACUUGUAUAGUUCCAGCCCUGAUGAUCAGAUAGAUCAGACCGAUUCAUCUGAACAUUUCCAGCCAACAAAACGGAGAAAGGGCCCUGCUAGGAACAGGGUUAUUGGCAGCCAAGGGGGGAAGAAACGAUGAACAAGAAAUUAUUCAGGUUUUUUUUUUUUUUUUUU